ACUGGUUAUACAUGUUCUGUGGCCGUGGCUGGCCGCUGGGCGCCGGCUAUUACCAGAAGAAGAAGAAGAAACUGAAUGCCGAGGACAAAGACGCUUGAGAGUUGGCACGUGGUUUUCUCAUUCCUAUUUGAUAUUCUUGAAAUAUUUUUCAGUUAAAGUGGUGUAUUAUUGGUGUAUUAUCCCGUUAUUCGUAUAGCUCGACUGACGUGAUAACAUAAGACACGAGUUCAGCUUCAGGUUAAAGUGAAACAGAUUGUUGCUGGAGCAUACCGAGGGUGAGGAUUCAAGAGACAGUGAUCGCAAGUAGAAAAGAAUAUGGAGACAAAAUCGGAUUCACGAUGGAUUAUGAAAGAGCACGAAACUUUUGAGGAAUAUGCGAAGGACACGUUGGACAAAUCAAUGCCGCUGGAGAAAUUUAUAAAGAACUUGAAGAUAAACAUAAUUCAGGAACACGAGAGAGAAAUUGAAUUUGACAUGAUUGGCUGCCAUACUUCGGUAACUAACGCGUUUAGGAGGAUACUUCUGAGCGAGAUACCAAGUAUGGCUAUCGAAAAAGUAUAUAUUAUUAAUAACACCAGCCUGCUCCAAGACGAAGUACUUGCGCACAGACUAGGUCUUGUACCUCUUGGCGCAGAUCCUAGGUUGUUCGAAUAUCCUCCGAACAACGGAAGAGCUGACGAUGAGGUCAGCGAUCAAGACACUUUAAGAUACGAGUUAAAAGUCACGUGUAGUACAAAUCCGCAAGCGCCAAAGAACUCUCGUCUUCCAGACGAUAUGUACAGGAAUAGCAAAGUUUUAAGCAAGGAUAUUAAAUGGGUGCCAAUAGGUCGACAAACCGACAUGUUUCCUCGUGGAGCAGAACAAUUUGGCGUUCUAGAAAAGGACAUAUUAAUAUGUAAGAUGCGUCCUGGUCAUGAGAUCCAUGUGUUUAUGCACGCAGUCAAAGGCAUCGGCAGAGAUCACGCAAAAUUUUCUCCUGUCGCCACUGCAUCGUAUCGUCUCUUGCCGGCGAUUCAACUGACCAAGCCUGUGAGAGGUGAAGACGCGGAUCUUCUACAGAGUUGUUUCAGCCCUGGCGUGAUAGAAGUGGUAGAACAAGAAACGAACUCUGGUCAAAAGUACCGUGAGGCGCGCGUCAAAAACGCUCGCUAUGAUAGCUGUACCAGAAACUUCUAUCGUCACGAUCAGCUAAAGAAUUGCGUAGAACUGAGUCGGAUAAAGAAUCAUUUCAUUUUCACCAUAGAAUCUGUGGGAACAUUACCAGCGGCCGUGCUAUUCACAGAAGCCGUUAAAGUACUUAAGAAUAAGUGCAGAUCGUUUCUUGCAGAACUGGAAAACGUAGGAUAAUUAAUUGAAGCAAAAUGAGAUCUGGGUAGAAGGAAAAUUAUUACAAAAAAAAGUGGUCAUCAAAAAUGUAUCACCGGGCUCUGUGUACAAUACAUCUUGUCAACAACACAGUCGAUAUUUUUAUUAUUUAUUAAUAAAGUUAUUUUAUUGGAU